CACAUAGCAGCUUCACCGCUUCACCCAGUAUUCAACCUUCUGUCAAAAAUAUGUGUCAAAUGCUGUUUCUUAUUUUAUUAAUAUAAAUAAUUGUCUGUUGUAAAAUGAAAUUAUAAAUUUUAUAAAAAGUUACAAGUUAUAAAUGAACUAGACAUAUGUUAAAAGUGGAAAAUGUUAAAGUUUGGUUCAAAACAUGACAGUAAUAUUGUUUACAAAUGCACGGUGCGAUUAUUGGAAGAUACGGAAAUCCUAGAAUGUGAAUAUAAGCCCCACCAUAAGGGUAAAUACUUGUUGGAAUAUGUAUGUCAACAGUUGAAUUUAGUAGAACAAGACUACUUAGGACUUCGCUAUGUUGAUAUUCAAGACCAAAGACAUUGGCUGGACUUAGGAAAAUCAAUUUGUAAACAAGUCAAAGACUUGGAUCCGGUUUUAUUUAGUUUUCGUGUUAAAUUUUAUCCUCCUGAUCCAUUUCGCCUUAAAGAAGAAAUAACACGUUACCAAAUAUUUUUGCAAUUAAAAAGAGAUCUACUACAUGGACGAUUAUAUUGCGCCACGAAUGAAGCCGCAAUGUUGGCAGCUCUCAUCUUACAAGGUGAAUUGGGCGAUUAUGACCCAGAAAUUCACGUGGGAAAUUAUAUGAGCGAAUUAAAAAUACUACUCAAACAGACUGAAAUCAUAGAGGAAAAAUCAAUGGAAAUUCAUCAGAAGCAACUCAAAGGCCAAAGUUCUUCACAAGUGGAAAACACUUUCCUCAAACUUGCCUCUCAACUAGACACCUACGGAGUUGAUCUGCACCCAGUCAAGGACCAUAAAGGGGCUCAGCUGUAUUUAGGCAUAAACUAUGCUGGAAUUUUGACAAUUCAGGGUAGUAGAAAAACGCACCAUUUCCGGUGGCCGGACAUUCAGAAAAUCAACUAUGAGGGAAAAAUGUUUAUAAUCCACCUAAAUUAUAAUGAUAAAAAGCAUACGGUUGGUUUUAAAUGCCUCACCGGCGCCGCCUGUCGCCAUGUUUGGAAAUGUGCAGUCGAGCAAAUGCUAUUUUUCACCUUGCCGGCGAGUUCGGACGCUCCGACUGUGACUGGUGGUGGUUUUUUUUCAUGGGGUACAAAGUUCAAAUAUACAGGGCGUACUGAAAAGGAAAUCCUGGAAGAUAGUGGUUCACCAACACGAGAAGAACCAAGUAUUCAACGCACGUCGAGUUUGAGACGUAAAGCCUCUAGUGUACCUGCAACUCCUUCAACUCCCCUUCAACCUCAUUUAGGUUAUAGUAGUCUGCCGAGGUCAAGUCAUUCAGAUGCUGGAGGGUCCAGAAUGGAGUCUAGUAAUAGUACAGGGUUGCUGUCAGGAUUAGACGGAAAUCCAUCUCAAGCUUACGGCGAUGUUGCUGCCUUAGAAACUGUUUCAGAAGAUCAGGAGGCGAUGGGAGCUUCCAAACUUCGAACGACAGUAUUAAAGGAUGAUUCGAUGGAUCGUUUCAGUGAUUAUUAUUUUCGAGAUUCAUUCGAACAUUCAUCAUCCGAAUCUCAGUUAAUUGAUAGUUACCGUGGUUACGAGACUACUAAUCCCUCUCAUCGCUCCAGUCGUAGCCAAACUCCGUUAUCUCAUUCUCAGGUUGAUGGUCGAAUUUGCCUGCCAAAUACUACACAUAGUGUACAAACAAAUAUUAAGAAAAGUAAAAAAUUUAACAUAGUGAGCGCGUUCAUACCCACAUUCAUUAUUGUUACGAUAUUUGUACUAAUUGCAGCAAUUGUAAUGUUAGAAACUGAUUGUGAAUUAUUUGGUAGCUUUAGGAAUAUUCCGGAAAUGGUUUCAUUAAAAUACCAAUUCUAUGAACCAAUUAAACAAUAUUUUCGAAGUAAAAUGUCGAUAUUUUUCUGAUUGUUUAAAUUCUCUCAUUUUGAAUUUCGAAUUCAGCUUUAAAAAUUCUCUUUGAUAAGUAGCAACAGAUUAGUUUAGUUCAAAAUAGAGUAAGGAAUACAAUUAUUAAAAUAGUUCCUGCAAUACUAAAUCAUUAGAAUAGAUUACGAUUUUUUUGAUAACAAAAUCAUUUUUGUGUUCUAAUGGCUUUAAGCAAAAUGCACUGUUUUUGUGAUACAACAUUCGUUAAACGAACUAAAAUAUGACAUUCCGUUCAGGAUGAUUCAACGUUAUUGUUGACAUUCUUCAUUUUUCUCGUUUUAAAUUAUUGUAAUUAAAAAUGUACACUGUGCACAAUUUUUAUACAAAAGUACUGGGGCAGAAAUAAAUACCUACCUGUAUUUUGUUGGCAAUUAAAUUUAAGAAAUCUGUGAUCUUUUUUCAAUCUGCUGCUAUAGUAAUAGAAAUAAUCGUACAAAGAAGUGCAAUCAAAAUUUAUUUUUCAGUUGAAUUUAUGAAAACGAAAAUAAAAUACUCGAAAUCAUAAUUGCUACUUAUUUAUGCCAACAAUUUGUGAUUGUUUUAUACAUUUUGUGUACACAGACUUGCUUAGCGAGAUUAUAUAAUUUUAUAUAAGUAUGUAAGUAUAAUAAUUUAAGGGGCCACAGAUUCAGAAGCACUUAGUUCGUACAUAUACAUAUUUUUAUACGUUUUAUUAUUUCAUUUAUAUUUUUGUUAUAUAGUUUAUAAAAUUUUUCUAUAAUGUAAUUCAUUUCGCCAAAUAAACUUAAGUCAAUUAACAAA